CGCAGCACCACCACCGCAAAACGGCGCCGCACGGCCCCCCCGGCCUGCAGGCGGGGCCGGGCGGAAGAGACGCUCACAGCGACCUGAGCGCGUUGAAAAACGGCGUGCUUCAACUACCUCUGUGUGAGAAGACCAUCUCUGUCAACAUCCAGCGGGGCGGGGGCUCCAGGGAUGGCCUGCUCUGUACCUCAGCUCCGGCCAGCUGCUGCCAGGUCAUCUGAAAGCCCCGCCAGCCCUCACCCACCACAACCAGCUGAAAACCAAGCUCCUCCCCCCACGUUCACCUUGUCUCUGGGCACAUUUCACCCCGUUCACAUCCGUUUGAACACACUACUC